AUGACCAAGACCAUUAUUAUGGAGCCAUUCAUAGAGAUUAGAAAUAGGUUGAGGAAGUCUAGUCAAGAUUUAUCUCAAUUGAAAUUGUUUCAAAGUGCAAGAUGGUCCUCAGAAGCAUUGAUUGGGAUGUGCGAGAUCUCGUCCCAUCAAGAAGAGAGCAAGGAUUUCGAAGAUGAAUCUCCCCUGAGAAAUAGGAAUUUAAUCUCCAGUUCGAAUUUAUUUACUGAGAAUAAUAUAAGGAAUGCGGAUUAUAUGGAUGAAAAACAAUAUGACCUGUUUCUAUUAGCUUCGAAUUUAUUUGAUUGUAAGGAGUUUGACAGAUGUGCAUACUUUCUACGUAACGAAAAGCAUCCUAAGUUGAAGUUCUUCAGGCUCUACAGUAGGUUUAUGUCGUGGGAUAAGAAGACACAGGAGUCAAGUGCAGAUGUUUUGACGAAACCUGCAGAUAUUUCCCAAAAGGAUCCUGCGGCAGGCACGAAUGUAGAUGACUGGAUAGACGAGCGUAAUCCAGAUGCCAGGAGGGGUGCCAACAUCCAGUCGCAAAUGGUAGUUGAUUUGGGUACUGGGGAGAAAAUUAGCAUAAAUCUGAUAUCCAGAGAGUUGGAAAUAUAUUUACUGGAACAAUCCACGGAGGUUACAUCCAAGCAAGGAGUUGGAUAUGCGUUGUUGUACUACUUGCGGGGAAUUUUAGAGAAGAAGGAAGGGCUAGCCAGUGAAGCCAUUAAGUCUCUAGUGAAAUCCUUAGAACUAUAUCCUUAUAACUGGACCUGCUGGUGCGAAUUAGCAACAUGUAUUACGCGUACUGAUGAGUCUCUAUUGCUCGUGAAGCAUUUGCGUGAUAUAUUUCCACUGGAUGACGAAAAGGAUUGUAAUUCUUUGAUGUUAAGGUUUUUUAAAAUAUUCAUAUUUAAAGAUUUUGGUGGGGAUUUUGAUCAUUUUAUGGAUGAGCUGGAUUAUUUAAUGAGUAUAUUCCCCAAUUUCUCCUUUUUAAAAUCUGAACUUGCCUUGUUGAAUUAUCACUAUAUGGAUUAUGUUAAUGCAGAAUUAAUUUUCGACGAAAUUGUUAAACAAGACCCAUACAGGUUAGAUGACUUGGACACUUACUCGAAUAUCCUAUACGUUAUACAGAAGCCCCAUAAGUUAGCUUAUUUGUCUCAAUUUGCCGCUGAUGUUGAUGCCUAUAGACCAGAAACCUGCUGCAUUAUUGCUAAUUACUUCAGUGCUAAACAACAACAUGAGAAGGCUAUCAUGUACUUCCGUAGGGCGCUCACGUUAAAUAAAUCAUGUACAAAUGCCUGGACAUUAAUGGGUCAUGAAUUCGUCGAGACGAAAAACUCUCAUGCAGCCAUAGAGUGUUAUAGAAGGGCUGUAGACAUCAAUCCGUGCGAUUUCAAAGCAUGGUAUGGGUUAGGACAGGCAUACGAAGUGUUAGACAGGCAUCUGUACGCAUUGUAUUAUUUGCAAAAGGCUUGUUCUUUAAAGCCAUUGGAUAAAAGAAUGUGGCAAGCUCUUGCAAACUGCUACGACAAACUGGAUAGACCAAAUCAGGCAAUCAAAUGUUUCCAGAGAGCUUCACAAUUAUCAAACGAUCAAGAUAUCACUAUCUUAUAUUAUUUAGCCACCCUGCACGAACGUGUGCAAGACCCAAUAUCUUGCAAAAAUUAUAUGUUAAAAUGUAUUGAAGUCGAAGAAGCAAACCAAGGCAUUGUAUUAGAUGAAUGUGCCAAAGCCAGGUUGUGGUUGGCAAGACAUGAAGUCAAGCACAGAAAUUUCCCUGCUGCUUACAAUUACGCCAGUGGUGUGACACAUGGCACAUCACAAGAAAUAGAGGCUGCAAGAGUGAUAGCUAGAGAGUGUAGGAAAAGGAUGGAAUAUCAAUAG